AUGGCCCCCCGCAAGCCCAGGUGCAACUUCAAGGAGUGCAAGGAGGCUGCCCAGCGUAUCGUGGGUGACUGUAGUUUCUGCGCUGGUCAUUUCUGCUCGAAGCAUCGCAUGCUUGAGGCACACUCCUGUACUGGACUGGAGGAUUGCAAGAAGGAGUCGCAUGCACGGAAUGCCGAUAAGCUGAAUAGCGAGCGGACGGUCGUUGUCAAGGGUGUAUGA